AUGGCCGAUGGGGCGGAAAGGUUUUGGAAUGGCGACCACGCACCGGACGACGCUCAGUGGGCAGGCCCCCACUCCUCUACAAGGUGGACCGAUGAUCUUGUGAAGGUCGCGGGACGCCGAUGGACGCGAGGGGCGCAGGACCAAUCGGUGUGGAGAUCCUUGGGGGAGGCCUAUGCUGUAGUGUGGAGUGGGCGUCGUACGAUGAUGAUGAUGACAGCUGAAAAUAGGAGAGUCUGUGGUCUCGCUCGAGUGGUUUCGACAUCAGACGGCGGCCGCGCCAUCUGCGCCGGCGCCUCAGUACGUGCUCUCGUAUCAUUUGGCGCCGCGGAUAGCGGAACGUCGUGGUUACCCAUUUGUUUGCAAACAGGUGGUGCGUUUGCCGCGUCUUUGUAUGUUUUUGUCACUACGCUAAGUCGAACCGUGUGUCGGUUCUGCCGCAAAGAGUGGGGUUCUGUGACGGAGGCGCGGUGCGUGAGUCACCCGUUCAUUGAGCGUUGGUCCAUUGAAGCGGUUUGCUCUCGGUUCAUUACUGCGCCGGCCGCCGCACUCGCAUCGCGCGCCGCGGACCCACACCGACGCACUGCCCACGACACGUUGACGCCCGCCCCCGUCUCUCGAUACAGCAUGGAGAUAUCUAAAUCCCACUUAUGGCUUGCCGCGGCCGUCUUGGCUGCCUGUGGCGUCUGCGCCGGUGCUGGAGUUCGGAAGCAGUUCACGCCGACUGAUUCGAUUUUGGACAUCAUCGACACCGAGCAAGUGGAGAAGAUUUUGGCGGCGAGGCACCGGGCGGAGCAAGCGACCGCUCCGCCGACGUCUUACAUGCAGAGGAACGAACUCGGGGAUGGCAGCGCCGAACCGAUGGUGGUGUCCAUGCCUGAUCAAGAAGAAAUACGCAAAGCUCUCAAGUCCUCAAAAAAUGCCCUCUUCGUCACCAAGAAGGAAUAUCUCAAAGAGGAUUGGUGCAAAACGGAGCCGUUGGUGCAGAAAAUUCGCGAACCGGGCUGCAUACCUACUCAAGUGCUUAAUAAGUUUUGUUACGGUCAGUGCAAUUCGUUUUACAUACCGAAAGGUCCGCGCCGCCGCGAUAACAACGAGGAGCGACCGCCUCCCGCGUUCAAGUCCUGCUCGUUCUGCAGGCCCAAGAAAGUCACCUGGAUAACAGUAACGCUCCGCUGUCCGGGGCAGAAUCCGCCCUUCAGGCGUAAACGUUUACAGAAGAUAAAGCAGUGCAAGUGUUUACCAGUGGGUGUGAACUGACGACAGCCUGUGGCCAGAACCUCCAAUGCAGAGGCGGUGCAGCCGUCGAGGAUUGCGAUCGAGGUACGCAUUCAGGAGCCUCCCAGAAAUGUGGAGAUCCGUCAGAGUGGUUAAGCAGUGCUCGGGAUUCGAACGCGUCCGCUUUCAAAUGUUUUGAUGAGCGAGACGCGCGCUGUGGUUCGUGCGGACAGUAUAUGGCAAAAUAAAUUCAGAUCGCGUGCUCUCAUACGUCAAUAGAGAUGACGUCAUGUGAUGCAUAAUUAGAUGCCUUAUGUAGAGUUCUUUCGUACAGCGGCUUCGACUGCAAGUCGUCAAGCAAGCGAAAUUAAUUAGAUAGUUUUACGUAGCCUUGUAUUAGUACGAACAUUGGUUUUCUGUAUUUGUGAGUAGUGUUUGAGGCGAGCACCUGAAACGUUCACUUAUUUUGUUUAUUUUAAUAACAAAUGUGUGAUAUUAGUUGUAAUCGCAUAAUCUAAUCGAGUUAUUUAAUAGAGUCAUGGAAUAAUUCUGGAGGCGGAACUGUUUAGUGGGUAUUUUAACGAUUUUACUGUUGAUAUGACAGACCGAAAUACGCUUAUGAGUAAAUAAUUUUAGGGUAAUAGAUUUACGAUGUCGUUUUGAAUAAAAUGGCCUUAGAGUUGUUUCAAGGCAUAGUAACGUAAACAUAGGUUUAAAGGGAUUACUAAAAUGGUAUGAUCUUAGUCUAUUGCAAUGUGGGUAAUGUGGAGGAGUUGCAAUUGAUCGAUCGAUCGAUUUGCAAUCAAUAUCGAUAUUAAAAAGUAAACACACUUAUGUUUUAAAUAGCAAUGGUUUUUUAGAACUCUGGAGUCUUUUCUAAAUAACUAAUAUAAAUGAAAAGAUGUUUAUAGUCCCUCUUCUUACAAAUCAUCCUUUCUCCUUAAAUGCGAAGGCCAUAUUAAUUUAUUAAACUUAGUUUAAGUCUGGUACUUACUUGUUUUUAAUCAUUCAAAAAUUAAAUAUUUU